AUGGACUGGAAAAAGCUUUUUCCAGAGGGAAAAGGAUGUCACUUGACCGACGAAGCAUUUACACAAGAGCUAGAGCAUGUCGAGCACAAACAACAAGGAAAGGAGGCCGAGAAAGAUAAGCAGAAGGCCUCGCGAGCUGCAAAAAGGUCAGAAAAGGCAUCCAUCGAAGCAGAGUGGUGUAAACUGCAGGAGAAACAUGUCGAGGAUGUGGCAAAGUGGGUGGCAGUAUGCAAGGAGUUAGCAGCCAAGAAUGUGCUGAAAAAGAACUGGCCAAAGAAGCCAGUGAGACCACUGAAGCCAAAACAUGCACCAGGCCCCACAGAGAUUCCAGUGGCAUCAGGUUCUGCUGUUACCCUUGGGGAUAUGGCACAGGAUGAUGAAACAGAGUCUGAGGAUUCAGGAGAAGAGUUUGAGAGCUAG